AUGCCACGUCGGGUAGGUGAUAAGACCAUUGGUAUUGCCUCAAAGAAGAAGCAAUCAGGCGUGCCGAAGAAGAAACGCCGACGUAAGAAUUCGUGGGAUUACGAGGAUGACGACGGUGAUGUGGAGUUUGAAGCCCAGGAGGACUCUGGCAGUGAAUCAGAGGAAAAGCCCAAGAAGAAGCGCAUUCAGCGUCGUAAUAUCCAAGAAGAGAAGAAGAAAACAGUUGAUCCCGUGCGUAGAAAGAAGACGACAGUCAAAGAUAUGAUGCAAGACGAACAAGAAGACGAGGACGAUCGUAGUUUGCUUGAGGAGAAACACCGGAAUAGGAUGCAGCAGUACGAACAGGACAGUGAGCAGUUGCUACAGGAAGUACGUGAACUAGCAUUGCAAGAAAAAAGGACGCAGGAAAAGUUGAUUGAGAAGCUUAAAAGAGAUAUCACAACGCUGUCCAAACAAGCAGAGGAUGCACGCAAGAAACGGACAAAGGAAGUGGAUAGACUCGUGGCUGACAAGAUGCGCGAGUAUGAAGCCGAGCAGAGGAAAAAGGACGAUAGAGACGUGGAGAAGAAGGCUUUGCGUGAACGUAUUAAGGAACUUGAGUCUCAGUUUGCGUCGUUCAAGAGGAGUACGGGACCGGAUGAUGUGGUGACUAUCAACGCUGCUGCUUCAGCUGCCUCUGCCAUGCAAAACAGUGAAGCCAUUAUUCAACUUGACCAGGCGAACAAGCUUUUGGAAUUGUAUCGCCUCGUGACCAGCACAAAUAUUCGUCUAAUUCAAGCGACUGAUGACGACGAGCAGGACAGUGACGAUUGCGUUGAAAUUGUGUGUACAACUACAGACUCAGCGACUGGAAACCAGUUUGAGUUUGAGCUGGCCGUUUCUGCCAUCGUCUCAAGUGAAAUCGAGUAUCUUCCUAGCGAGAAGCCACCGAUGGGUGUUCAAGUACCGUCAUAUUUACGAGAGGAGCUGAGUUUUAGCAGGUCUGAGGUGACCAAGUUCUUUCGAUCAGUUCUCGACGUCGUCAUUAGGAAGAAGAAAUCAUAG